AUGAUCGCAUCUCAAGCCGCGCUCCUGAUCGGAGGUAUUACCCACGCGCGCAAAGAGUGGGAAGCUCUCUCAUCUCUGCUCACCUUGAAAGAAUUCCCCAGCGGCACUCGACAGGAGUUUAUUGAGAAUUGCAAAGCGGGUCAUUAUGAUGAUGUUGUGGCGAUCUACCGCUCAAACACAUCCAACAAGUUUACCGGCAAUUUUGACGAGGAAUUACUUUCCAUCUUGCCCAAGUCGAUUCGUUACAUUUGCCACAACGGCGCCGGAUAUGACAACAUCGAUGUGCCUGCGUGUACGCGGAGAAACAUCGCUGUGUCGAGUACUCCGGUGGCCGUGAACAACGCAACUGCGGACGUGGGCAUUUUCUUGAUGAUCGGGGCAUUGCGCCAAGCCUAUGUGCCCAUUACGGCGAUUCGCGAGGGCAAAUGGCAAGGGCAGACCGCGACCGGCCAUGACCCCCAAGGUAAAGUUCUCGGUAUUCUCGGCAUGGGUGGUAUCGGACGGGAAAUGGCCACGCGAGCCAAAGCCUUUGGCAUGAAGAUCCAAUACCAUAACCGCUCACGUCUUCCUGCCGACUUGGAAGCGGGCGCGACCUACGUGUCCUUUGAUGAGCUUCUCGCCAAUUCGGAUGUGCUUAGUCUGAACCUGGCCUUGAACGCGUCGACUCGCCAUAUCAUUGGAGCAUCCGAAUUUGGAAAAAUGAAAGAUGGUGUGGUGGUGGUGAACACCGCUCGUGGCGCCCUGAUUGACGAAAAUGCGCUCGUUGCCGCGUUAGAUUCUGGCAAGGUCCGCUCUGCUGGACUGGACGUGUAUGAAGAAGAGCCCCAGGUCCACCCAGGCCUCCUAAGUAACCCGCGUGUCAUGCUGCUGCCGCACAUCGGCACCAACACCUAUGAAACCCAAAAGGAGAUGGAGAUUCUGGUCUUGAAUAAUCUCAAGUCUGGGCCGGUCGACGACGAAAAGCGACAACAUCCAUUCGACUCCGAGGACCAUCACCUUAACCUCGCCAACUCCUUCAAGAUGGUCCGUUACGCCGCCCAGGAGAUUCCGGUCGCUAAGAGCGCCCGCGCGCGGGGCUCUUACCUCCGUGUCAGCUUCAAGAACACCCGUGAGACCGCUCAGGCCAUCAACGGCAUGAAGCUGCAGAAGGCUCUGACCUACCUCGACAACGUCACCAAGAAGUCCAUGGCUGUCCCCAUGCGCCGCUACGCUGGCUCCACUGGCCGCACCGCCCAGGGCAAGCAGUUCGGUGUCUCCAAGGCUCGCUGGCCCGUCAAGUCCGCUGAGUUCCUGAUCGAUCUCCUCAAGAACGCCGAGGCCAACGCCGACACCAAGGGUCUCGACACCAGCGCCCUGAUUGUCAAGCGCAUCCAGGUCAACCAGGCUCCCAAGGGCCGCCGCCGCACUUACCGUGCUCACGGUCGUAUCAACCCCUACAUGACCAACCCUUGCCACAUCGAGCUCAUCCUCACCGAGGCUGACGAGGAGGUCGCCAAGGCCCCCGAGACCUCUCUCAAGGCCACCCGUCUGUCUUCCCGCCAGCGCGGCUCUCAGCUCCGCCGUGCUCUCACCGAGGCAUAA